UCAUGAAUUCACAUUGAAAACACUAUAAAAUGGUACGGAGCUGUUGUGCAACCAACUGCACAGACUGAUUCAGGAAGAAGUUUUUACUGAAGGCUAAAGAGAAUAGAAGCACAGACUGUCAUCUGAAAGAAAAAUACAAAAUCCUCCCAACCUGCCCUGAUAGUGAGAUUUGUCGACAGACGACCAAAAUAUCCACUGAAGUGUGAUUUUGUUCAGGCUGACAAGUCCUGCUUUAAGUUAUCGACGUGUCUGCAGGCUUUGUUCAGAGUAACGAUACUUGCAUGUAUUAUUCUGCCCUCACUAUGUGUAGCUCAGCACGCUAAACACACUUCUAAUUAGGGUUGAAUACAUAAUGCAUUGCAAGUGUUACUGGAAUAAAACUGUAAAAACAGUGAUAGUGAAUACAAAUGAUAAGACAAAAAGCUAAAGGUAUUGUAAAAAUGAAUUGGUACAGAAACAAUAAAACUGGAGUCACCAAAGUACAGACGAUUUGUCAAAUUAGUUAUGUUGACCUUCAUGUAAGGAAGAAAUAUAUGAUCGUCAGUCCCCACAGGAAGUACAGCACAGUAGUUAAAGAGUGAAAGUAAAGACUAAAAUACACAACAGCAGUAAUUCAGUACACUUCAUUAUCAACUUUUUCAAGAUGGUGUUUUGUUUUCCUCCAGAUAUCUCAAGCCUUUCCGCUCACAACAGACGUAGCAUGUUUGUUUUGCCACUCAGUGGUGGUGAGGGGGCUGUACAAUGUGAGCAACUCGUUAGCCGUUAACUCAUUACAGCUGCUGACUGACAGAGCCAUCCUCUGUCUCCUGUGUCCAGCCUCCACUCUAACCACACCGCAAUGACAUAAUAUGGCUUAUCUUUUCAAUCUUUCUUUUGGGGCGCAAUAUUUUUAUGGUGCCGGAUUCAAUCUGUGUAUUACACGCGGCGUUGCUUUAUUAUUGGCCUAUUACACACCAUACUGUACGGCUUAAAUAUAAAUGGUGUCGUGUGAGUCGCCAAUCUUACGGCCAGAUGAGUGAUUGAUAGCCAAUCACAAGGUUUCCUGGUAGUUUGUCAUGUCGGUUUCAAAAAAUAGGCAGCUGCAUCAGUGAAGUGUCCUCUGAUGAAUCAUGUCUUUAUCCUGGCUGUCUCUUACUAUUACACCUUUUACUAAAACUGAUUUGGAUGCACACUAAUGCCCUGAAAUAGGCCAGUCUGACGCACAAUAGGCUGCCAUUAAUAAAUCGGACUGUCAACAGCCACGGAGAGGAAAUCAGACCAGCACUGCCUGUGACACGAGGUGUCGUAUAACAGGUGUCGCGUCGCCGUCAAAGCUCGUUCUCAUCUUCUUGUGUUUUUUCGUAGGCGGGCAGAUAAUAUGUCACAGCUUACUUUAUGGCUGUUUAACACAUUCUGUUUCUUUGCAAAUAUUUCUUUGCUUUAGUUGUACUUUUGCAUGAAAUACAAAGCUAUGGUGGUUUUAUUUUGUGCAACCCGGUCCCCAGUUUGUUAUAGAAUUAUAUUGGAAGCCAUUUCCUUUUGAUUUCCUGUAAUUCAAUAGCAGCGGGUAAAAAUAUGUUUGGGGCCACAGAGCAGUAGAAACAUUAGAAGCAUUCCCACAGCAGGAAGUAGAGACUUGAGUGAGCGGCCUGAGGCAGAUGUAACAGUUUACCAAAGCUUCAGUCUAAGAUGCAACGUAGAGGGCUACCAUGUUGUUGUUUUCUCCAAAGGAGGGAACAGGAGUGAGGCGGCUGGAACAGACACGAGGUGUACGAUAUUAAUCUGGCUGGAACUCGGGAGGUGCCGUGAUCUAGCAGCUAAGCUAAGGUUAUAAAGCAGGUCAGCAUUGGAAGCUCUUGUCUUUUUAGUUUUAUUGUAAUUUAGUUUUCCGUAAAAAGGUUUAAGCUCCUUAAGGGGGCUAAUGUCUGUGAUUGCUCUUGUUUCAAAGGUCGUAUGUUUGGGUCAUGUCUCCAAACGGAACCACUCACCCCCUCUGACUAAAAGCUGAGAUCAGCCUGGAGAGGAAUGCAGGUUGUCACCAGAGCUAUUUUGGCAAUGUACAGCCGCUAAUGAUUGUGAUCGCAGAGCAGAGCUCGGAGCAGUUGCUUUGCUUUCCUUUUUUUCCUUCCAGCAAGUUUGAUCAUGCAGCUCUCACCAGCGCUGCAGGGAUUAGAGAGUUAAACGAAUGGCACGUCGUCUGCGCUUACAAUUUGCGUCAAGGAGAAGCAACACAGACCCUCUGUCAGAGAGCCUCAGCAGCCAUGGUGAGGAGAGUGGAGUCGGCGUGUCAGCUCGUAGCCCCACAGAGAGUCUGGCGCACAGCUCCGUCCACUUGAAGGUGACUCCGCUGUCACCAGACAACGCUAAUUUACAGCGGUACUCUUCAGUAUUCAUACCCAGGGUCAACACUGGAGGAUUUAAUAAGAAGAGCAUUCUGCAGAUCUCGCUGCAGCCCUGUGGAAAGCUCGGCGGAGAGCUAGAUGGCAGUAUAGAGGAUGGAGACCCAGGGGCCAGUGAAGGCGGAGCAGGCAGUGGCUCUGACGGAGGCUCGUGCAGCAGCAGCAGCAUGGCCAGCGAUGCCGGGUACUGUAGCAGCAGCAGCAUCUUUGAGCUAGAGGCUUCAGAAAAGCACAGGACCACCCAGGAGAGGAGUCUACUCCGCUGCAAGUCAAAGGUCCCUUUGAGACGGUGCUCCUCCUUGGUUAUAUUUCCAAAGAGCCCCUGCAGCACACCACCUGCUUCCCCUGUCAGUCCAAUGGCUCUAUCUGCUCUCCCGCCAGCAAGGGGGUGUCAUCAGUCAUCUGCCAGUGAAUUCUCCCAAGAUGAUGAGGAAGUGAAUUGCAAAGAGUCCAUUACCACAGCAGUAAGUGGCCAUCGCCUCCCUAAAGGAAGCUGUUCUGCCGAGUUAAGGGACACCAAGCACAUGGUGCAAUUUAAUAUUCCUUUACAGGAAGAACCUAAAGGCAAAAUGGAGGACAGGGGUAAAAUAAGGGAACUGUCGUCAACUUUAGACAGAUCGAAUCGUCACUCCAGCAGCGUGCUGCUGCACUUUGCCCACCAGAGACCAAUAAUGUCGGGCAAGGGAGCUACAACCACGGCUACAGUCAAUGUGGAAAAUCCUGAGGCUCCUAACCCAGCAACACACCCCGAUGGUCAACACAACCCUCGCACAAAACUGUACCGUAGUACUUCUGCUUGUUUGUUCUCCUCAACUAAACCAACAGAGAAAAAGGUCUGUUCGUCGGGAAAAGGACAGGAAAGGCCUGAGGAAAACCAUUGUCAUCGAGCCAUACAAAGGAGCUUUUCCCUGGAGGUGCCCUACGCUAACACUGGAAUUUCAUGUCACGUUUCGAAUCCAAAACUCAGUAGCCCUCACUCUCCACAUGUGCACAUUCAUUUGUCUCCUUGCUGCCCAGCUAAGCUGCCUAGCUCUUUUACUGAUGUAAACACAAGCCACGAAGGGAUUAACAUGCAAAAGAGUCAAAACACCAAGACACGUGAUGACUUUCUGGGACAGGUGGACGUCCCCUUAAAUCAGAUACCGACAGAAAAUCCUAACACAGAAAGGCCAUACACAUUCAAGGAUUUUCUGCUUCACCCACGAAGCCACAAGUCCAGAGUCAAAGGUCACCUGCGUCUCAAAAUGACGUACCUGCCAAAAAACCCCGGCUCAGAAGAGGAAACGGCCGAACAGACGGAGGACGUAGACCCUGGGUGGGAGUUUCUGGAGGCUCAGGACAUGUCCGGUCCCAGACAAAGCCAGCUGCUGCCUGCUCUGCCCCCUGGCUGGGAGGAGCGGCAGGACAACCUGGGAAGAACCUUCUUCGUCAAUCAUGAGAGCAGAACCACACAGUGGCAACGACCCACAAUCCAGGAAGGUGAUGUGCAAGUGCAAGGAGGACAGAACAAUAAUAUGGAUGCGGAGCAAGCUUUUAAUACACGCAGACAGAUCUCAGACCCAGAUGAGAACAACACACGAGAGUCUCCUGAGAGCUGGGAGAUCAUUACGGAGGACGAGUCCACCUUGUACCACAGCAAUAGCCAGCUCGCAUCGCCUCCACCACACGGGCCUGCAGAGUUCCAGCCGCUCCAGGACGAGCUGAGAAUCACUCACUUUUCGGGGGCCACAUCUGGCGAGCUGCGCGCCUCCCAGAUGAAUCAGGCUAGUAAUUCAAGUCAUUCCAGUCGCAGAGGAAGUGCCCCGACUUCAACGGGAGAGGAACAUCCUGUUAACCCUGUGCAUAUUCCAACCUCAGCUGGGCUGCCUCCUGGAUGGGAGGAGAAGCGAGACUGUAAAGGAAGACGCUACUUUAUCAACCACAACAGUCGAAGCACUUCAUGGACACGACCCGUCGUUCAGAAAACCACAGAGACACCACCAGCACCAGCACCAGCAGCAGCAGCAGCAUCAGCAGUAGCAGCAGCACAGGGUGGUGCAGGUGUACCCCAGAGCCGGACUCCACCCUUACCACCCAUGUCCCCCGAGGACUCUAACUCUCAGCACACCCCAAGCCCCGAGGCCACACCUGAAUCUGGCUCCCUGCCGGCUGGUUGGGAGGUUCGCAGUGCUCCCAGUGGAAGACCCUUUUUCAUUAACCACAACACUAAGACUACUACUUGGGAAGAUCCCAGGCAGCCCAAGAUUCCUGUGCACAUGAGGAAGAGACCCUCACUCGACCCAUCUGAUCUCGGCCCUCUGCCGCCCGGCUGGGAAGAGAGGGUCCACACUGAUGGGAGGAUAUUCUACAUAGAUCACAACACUAAGAUCACACAAUGGGAUGAUCCCAGGCUGCAGAACUCAGCUAUAACCGGACCAGCUGUGCCUUAUUCCAGAGAUUAUAAACAGAAGUAUGACUACUUCCGGAAGAAGCUGAAGAAACCGGCUGACAUCCCAAACCGCUUUGAGCUGAAGCUGAAACGAAAUGCGGUGCUGGAGGACUCGUACCGACGCAUCCUGUCGGUGAAGAGGGCAGACCUGCUGAAGGCACGACUGUGGGUGGAGUUUGAAGGAGAAAAGGGACUGGACUAUGGUGGUGUGGCCAGGGAGUGGUUCUUCCUCAUGUCCAAGGAGAUGUUCAACCCGUACUAUGGACUGUUUGAGUAUUCUGCCACAGACAACUACACUCUGCAGAUUAACCCCAACUCAGGUUUAUGUAAUGAGGACCACCUGUCCUACUUCAAGUUCAUCGGUCGCGUGGCGGGCAUGGCCGUGUAUCAUGGCAAACUGCUCGAUGCUUUCUUCAUUCGGCCUUUCUACAAGAUGAUGCUGCAGAAGCCGAUCACGCUCCAGGACAUGGAGUCUGUUGACAGUGAAUAUUUCAACUCCUUGAAGUGGAUUUUGGAGAACGACCCGACAGACUUGGAUUUGAGGUUCACCAUUGACGAGGAGCUGUUUGGACAGACUCACCAGCAUGAACUGAAGCCGGGAGGCUCAGAGAUCGUCAUCACUAAUGACACCAAGAAGGAAUACAUCCAUCUGGUGAUGCAGUGGAGGUUUGUGAACAGGAUACAGAAGCAGAUGACUGCCUUCAAAGAGGGAUUCUUUGAGUUGAUACCACAAGAUGUGAUCAAGAUUUUCGAUGAGAAUGAGCUCGAGCUGCUCAUGUGUGGUCUGGGAGAUGUGGAUGUGAAUGACUGGAGAGAGAACACCAAGUACAAGAACAGCUACUCUUCCAACCACACUGUUAUCCAGUGGUUUUGGAAAACGGUGCUGUUGAUGGAUGCAGAAAAGAGAAUCAGGCUCUUACAGUUUGUGACAGGAACUUCAAGGGUCCCAAUGAAUGGCUUUGCUGAACUCUAUGGGUCUAACGGACCACAGCUGUUCACCAUCGAGCAGUGGGGAACACGUGAGAAACUCCCCCGAGCCCACACAUGCUUCAACCGACUGGACCUGCCUCCUUAUGAGUCCUUUGAGGAGCUGAGGGAGAAACUUCACAUCGCCAUUGAGAAUGCACAAGGCUUUGAUGGGGUGGACUAGAGCUUGUGCUGACAUUACUGCAUGACGUGGUGAAGAAAUGUAACGAUGAGGAAAACAAGCUGUGCAAGAGAUUCAUGUUUUAACCUGCCAGCUGUGUGACAGAUGAAGGACAGUCACACGACCUUCACGUUGGUCCUCUGUUGAGCCACAUGUGAAGAAAGGACAUCAAAUCUGGAGGGACGGAGUUAUUUAAUCACUCUACAUCUUCUAAAGUUUACAAAGCAAAAAUGCAAAGCUGUAUACUGUAUAACAACAUCAUCUAACCUUAAAAAUAAUUGUUUAAUUUUGGCUGAAUUGCCUCAGAAAACUUUAUGCUCUGAUUCUCACAUCAGGUACUUGUGAGAUUUUGUCUUUGUUGUAUUUGGUUGGAAAUAAUUUAGGUUUUGUUGCUCUUUAACUAAAUCCAUUAACUUGUUGUUGUUGUAGGAAACGACGUGUGAAUGAUCAAUUGGCAAUUCAACCAAUAUGAAACGCAUCUUUUCCUAUCAUUUAAUUCUAUACAUAAUUUAAAAAACAUGUCAUUCCAUCACACUAAUCCCAAACAUAUGCACCUCAAAAGCAUUGGUAGCAGAAAAUGUGCAAGUUGAAUAAAAAGUUUGAGCGACUACACUGAAGGAAAGUGUAUUAUUUAAAUAUUAGUAUAGUAGUGAUGUACCAAUACCGGGACCAGUAAAAGGCUAAAUUAAUCAUUCUGUAGUGUGUAACUGACUACAUGCAGUGUUAGAUUGUGCUCAAUCAUAAUUGCAUAAUUGUACAUAUUGACAUGAGAUCAUUGAAUAUCACCUGAUUUUUUUUUUUUUGUUCUUCCGUUAUUACAUAAAAAAUUGUGAAAUUGGCAAAUAACGGGUAUUGGUGCACCUCUACAUUAAUCAUACUCACACUCACUGUUUGUGUAUCAGAGAAACAAACAAAUGUAUUUACACAUAAUAUCUGACAGACUUGGCUUAUCACACACUUUGUAUACAGUAUGUUAGAAAUUAAGUUUUGUUGCCUUUUGUCAAUGAGUGAUAUCGUUUUGUUUUCCUCUACUCAUCAUGGUCGUCUAAUUGCAGCACGGUGCUCUAUUUUUAAGAGUACAACUUUAAUAAUUUUUUUGUUGGUUGUCAAAAUGUGUACAGAUUAUUGUCUGUUUUAAAAAUGAGUAAUCACUUGUUAAUACCUUUGUAGGAAAGUAACUGUUCGUCAGCAGUAGUUUUAACAUUUUCUGAAUGGCAAAAUGUGUUUACACCACCUGCCAUGUUUACAGGUCAUUGAUAAAAGAAGCUAUCGUGGGCUGGUUCUUGUCUCUGACAACACAAUUUUCUACUUUAUGCUUUUAUACAGUCACGCACUUUGUUGAUAUCGAUGAGUCUUACUUCUGAACUGUCUGAAUCUUUGCCAAUCAGUCACCUGCAGACUGCUUGAAUCGCUCUUUAAGAAAAUUAUCCAAUGCUUCAAGUGCACGUGUUUAAAUGUUUACAUGUGAACAUCGCUGAAAAUAAGCACAUUCUCUUCUUUCACUUAUAUUUAAAGUUAAAUACAGAGGCCUUCGUUUGUAAUGUAUUGUAGAAUUUGAUUGUUAAUGUUUUAAUCUCUAAAUGGAAGUACUAUCGUCUACUGAAGAAUAAUGAAUAUAUCAACACUUAAGUUCUGAUGUAUCAGAUUUUCUUAAUAUAGAAAUUAAUUAAAACGCCUAUAAGUGCAUUACAACAACAUACAUAUAUACAACAGUUAGAAGGGUUGAAUGAACUGUAGCUGUUAAAUACCCAUUUGAUGACAUAGCACACCAAAUUCAAAAUAAAUAUAUUUGAAAAAUAAAGAAUUGUAAAAA